CCAUAAAAGGAAUAUUCUCUCGUCUAGUCAAAGCAUUAUUGAGAAUUGCAGACAAACCCUUAUCAUUUUCUGCAACUAUAUUAUUACAGAUAUGGGAUUUUACCGUUGUCCCUAUAUUCUUAGAAGUGGAAAAUUAUGUAAUUGAGAUUGCUAUCGACCCAAGGGGU